UUCCUUUUCUUAUAUCUGGGUAAAAGCCAGGAUCGGCGCAAAUCUCUAUUUCUCCCCACCGUAGCCUCAUCGCAACUCUAGGAUUUAUCAGCCUCAGCUCAUCCCUAACUGCAGUUUUGAUGCUGCAAAUUUAUCAAAGCUAAAGUCAUUUGACAUAUAAAAAUAUCAAUUUUUUUGCUUUAGAAUGAGAAUCAGUUGAAGAAACCUAUUGAUAUAUGAAUCUUUUCAAGAAGCUUUUGUCCACCAAACAUGGGAUUAUUGGUGCCCAAAAGUAUUGUAGAGCAACCUUCUGUUCGAUCCUGCAUUCAGCCGUGGAUCACUCAGUCGAAGUUCAUUCUCCAGACCAGGAAGUGGUGAUUGCUUUAGGAAGCAAUGUCGGUGACAGACUUAAUAAUUUCAAUCAAGCCUUGCAGUUAAUGAGGAAAUCGGGUAUCCAUAUUACAAAACAUGGUUGCUUAUAUGAGACAGCUCCGGCCUAUGUCACCGAUCAGCCUCGAUUUCUGAACUCUGCAGUUAGAGCUGUUACAAAGCUGGGGCCACAUGAACUUCUGGGUGUGCUUAAGACAAUUGAGCGCAACAUGGGUCGUAGUGGUGGAAUAAGGUAUGGUCCAAGGCCUAUUGAUCUGGAUAUCUUGUUUUAUGGAAAGUACCAGAUCGGUUCCGAUAAACUUACCGUCCCCCAUGAGAGAAUUUGGGAGCGACCUUUUGUAAUGGCGCCAUUAAUGGAUUUACUAGGAUUGGUUAUCGACAGUGAUACCGUUGCUUGCUGGCAUUCUUUGUCAACAGAUUCAGACGGACUAUUUGGUUUGUGGGAUAAAUUGGGUGGUGAAUCCCUCAUCGGAAAGGAAGGGAUGAAAAGGGUUUUACCAAUUCGGAAUCACUUAUGGGAGUGGUCAAAGAAAACCUCAGUCAUGGGUAUUCUUAAUCUAACCCCAGAUAGUUUUAGUGAUGGUGGAAAGUUUGUAUCUGUGCAGAAUGCAGUUUCUCAUGUUCGUUCGAUGAUUUCAGAAGGAGCAGAUAUAAUAGAUAUUGGUGCACAAUCUACACGACCGAUGGCUUCUAGGAUAUCUGCGGAAGAAGAAUUGGAUAGGUUAAUCCCUGUAUUAGAAGCUGUUCUCGAAAUGCCUGAGAUGGAGGAGAAGCUCGUAUCCGUGGAUACUUUCUAUUCAGAUGUUGCAUCAGAGGCCGUAAAGAAAGGAGCUCAUCUCGUAAAUGAUGUAUCUGCUGGGCAGUUAGAUCCUAACAUGCUUAAGAUGGUUGCUAGCCUUGAUGUUCCUUACAUUGCAAUGCACAUGAGGGGAGACCCUACUACAAUGCAGAGUCGUGACAACCUGCAAUACAGUGAUGUUUGUUCACAGGUUGCCUCCGAGUUGUUCUCAAGAGUUAAGGAUGCAGAAUUAUCUGGAGUUCCUGCUUGGAGGAUUAUUCUUGACCCUGGAAUCGGAUUCUCCAAGAAGACUGAACAUAAUUUGGACAUUCUCACCGGUUUACCUGUCAUUCGUUCAGAGAUUGCUAAGCGAAGUUUGGCUGCUUCUCAUGCUCCCCUACUUAUUGGACCAUCGAGAAAGCGAUUUUUAGGUGAAAUUUGCAACCGUCCGGCUGCAGGCGAAAGAGAUCCUGCAACCAUUGCUUCUGUAACUGCUGGGAUUUUCGGAGGGGCGAACAUUGUCAGGGUGCACAAUGUGAGAGACAAUGUAGACGCUGUGAAAGUUUGUGAUGCAAUGCUGAAAGAGAGGAGCAUUCAAUUAUAAUGAUAGGAAAUGCAAUCUUCUCAGUAAAGCCAUUCUUGCACCCUUCCAAAACCACAGAUUUGUGAGCUAAAAUUUUGAAGACCUCAUAUGAUUUGCUACUCUUUUCUUCUUAAUAAAGAAUGAAUUUAGUUAAACAAUUGUGUACUCGAGAGUCAAGAUCUAAUGAAGUUUCCUUCGGUUUUUUAUAUUUUUUUUUGGGGGGGGGGUGCAACCAAGCUUGUACUUGGAAUUCGGAUUGAAUUGAAAAUUUUUUUGUAAACUUUAAUCAUUGUUUA